AUGACGAACCCCUUCUUGGAGUUCGUUGCUGAUGGUGACGAGAUGUCUUCUCGUCGUAGCAUGGAGCUUCUUUGGGCAGAUGCCGUCUCCCAUCUUCCUCAGACCAAUGGUCAGGUUUUCCUGCCUCGCAAUGUCGUCGAGGACAUGAUUGAGAAGAAUCAUCUUGAGGAUAUGGCCCUUCGUCUGGCAUCUAUCCACAACAAGCGGGUUCAGAUUGUCCUUGAUGAAUCCAUGGAUGCCUACCGCUUGUUCCCCAAGGAGUUGAACGCUGAGCGUGACGAGGACUUGGUGUCUGACCAGCAUGUGAUUGAACUUAACGAACACGUGAUGCUCACCAAUUCGAUCUUCAACGCCGAUGAUCUGAAGAUUCCUGUCCGACCUGCGAAAAUUCCUCGCCCUCCCAAUUGCUUCAUCUUGUACCGACAGGCAAACCAUCACUUGGUCAAGAAUGCCAACCCUGGUCUGUCGAACAAUGAAAUCUCCCGCAUCCUCGGCGCGCGCUGGAACAAUGAGACCCCCGAGGUUCGUCACCAGUUCACCCGCUUGGCCAACGAUCUGAAGCGGGAACACGCCAUUAAGCAUCCUGAUUACCAAUAUGCCCCUCGCCGCCCUGAGGAUCGCAGACGCCGCACUCGCCCUCGUGCCGCUGCCGCUAUCGCUGCCAUGGAGUCUGACCCCACUGAAGAGUUUGAUGAAAAUCUGAUCCCUAUCGACGACGAAUUCAUGUCAACUCUGAGCGACACUGAUAUGCUCUUCGGUCCGAACGGUGCUGAGCCUAUUCCGGCUCCGUGGCCCUACUAUGAUCGCAUGGAAAUCAGCAACGAACUAGCUUCUGGCAAACGUUUCAAAUCAAUGGAAUACAUCCCCAUGCCAUUUGAUUCCGACGAAUCCAGCCUCCCUAUGCCCUCCGUCUUCUAA